AUGAAACACUUGGUUUGGCACCCGUACACGCAGCCAUGGCAGGACAUGACCACUCUUUCUACGUUCGAACGACUAGUAACGCCAUUUGGAAGGCUGGCCUAUACUGGGCGAAUUCUAAGCAUCAUGUCCAUACAAGAGGUCGAGUACAUGCGUCCAGAAGGUUGUCCGUUUGCAGUGCAGGAAGGGCGUGAACUCAGUGCCAUCAUAAGUGCACCACGUCUGAUGAAGCAGAUUUAUCGGAAUGGUCGCCUUUGGAUCGUUACCGAAAAAAUAGCACACAUGGGGAAAGCCGUCAGCCUCUGGACGAUAAGCAGUGGAAAAUGGCAAUAUGUGAUGGAGCUGGAAGCCAACUAUCGAGAUAUAACAAUGGAUGUGAAUGAAAACGACACAGCUAUCAUACUCAUCAAGUCCUCCAAUACUGAUGGUAUGAGCUUGAAUGUGCGCAUCAAAAGCCUAGUCAUGCUUCGACUUGGAGAUGCGCCCAAGCUGACCACAAUCGCACUUCUUAGCCACCUCAACAGCUCAAACAACGUGGGUAUUGACGAUCACCUCUGCCGGAUGUUGGAGAAUUCGUCUUGGCACUAA